AUGUCGUUCAGGAAAAAGAACGUCGUCCUGGGGCCAUCCACCAGAGGUCCUGUGAGAGAGUCCAUGGCUCCGAAGCAGGAAGCUCUACCACCGGCUGGGACUCGUUCAUCACCCCUUGACGGCCGUCCUACAACCUCCACCGGAACGGCAUCACUAGACCAACUCCUGGCAGGACACGCAGGGCUACCGCUUGGCUACAGUAUUCUUGUAGAGGAGUCUGGAACGACAGACUUCUCGGGCGUACUUCUCAGAUACUAUGCCGCCGAAGGUCUCGUGCAGGGCCAACAAGUACACGUGCUUGGCCCAACGGACGCGUGGAGAGGAGAGCUUCCAGGACUUGGCAAAGCCAGUGGCUCAAGUAAGAAGAAAUCGGCGUCAGCAUCAGACGAGAAGAUGAAAAUAGCGUGGAGAUAUGAGAGCCUUGGCAACAAUGCCGGACCAAGGACGAACAACAACGGCCUAGCAGGGGCUGCCGAAGUUUUCUGUCACUCUUUUGACCUCGGGAAACGUCUACAGCCUGGUGACAUCAAGGGCGAACUGCAUGCGACCCCAUCGACUGCUGCCAUGAGCUGGCUCCACCCAUCGGGUUCAGGCAGCUCUUCCCCUCUAGACACAUUUAUCAGCAACGUCUCAGCAAAGCUGAAGGCAUCACCGCCCGGUGCUAUCCAUCGUAUCGUAGUGCCGAGCCUUCUGUCGCCCGCACUCUAUGGUUCCUCACUCUGCCGUCCGGCGGAUGCCCUGCAAUUCUUGCACAAACUGAGAGCACUGCUGCGCCAGCACGAAGGGAUUCUGACGGCUAUGAUCUCGCUGUCUACCUCGUUAUUCCCGCGAUCGACGGGAUUUACACGAUGGAUGGAGCUUUUGUGCGAUGGAGUGCUGGAAAUGCUGCCCCUCCCGAGAAAAGUGCACAUCGAGCCCAAUACCAAGUCCGAAGACGUCGUGCAAGGUAUGCUCAAGGUGCAUAGCCUCCCUGUUUACCACGAGAGGGGAGGAGGUAUAGAGGGCCAGUCUUCGCGGGAAGACCUUUCCUUCAGAAUGAGCAGCUCAAGUGGGCUCAUUGUGAAGCCUUACGUUCUCCCGCCUUUGUUGGAUGAAGGGGAUGGGGGCCAAGGAGCCAAGGCAGAGGGGAAGAAGGGGGAGAAGCUAGACUUUUGA